AACUGUGGAAAUGGCCGAAGUGGAAACUGUGCAACGUUUACUAGGCUUAGACGGGAAAUUUAAAGACUUAUGGGACCUGGCGAGUGCCGCUGGAAAAAGCAGGGUUCCCGGAACCGGAUCUAGGAUUGAAACUGCUGUGAUCAUCCAGUGGCUGGCACUGAACGACUCUGCGAAACAUUCUCGCGAGUCCAUUUCAAGUUCCAUUUUGUUUCAAUUGCUGGACAAUUCGUUGGCGAGGAACAUGUUUCUUGCCGGAUGGACUGUUACUAUUGCGGACGUCGUUGCCUAUUUGUUGCUCUUGGAAAUCAGGGGGCCGAUGACGAUUCAGGAUAGAGAGCAUCAUGCAGGAAUGGAGGUGUUGUUGAACAGGGUGGAUUAUUUACAAGUAGCUUCAACAAGUAGAUAUUGCCUGGGAAUUUUCCCGGCUAACCAACAAGAAGAGAAAGCCACUCAAAAGGUGGUUGUUGGUGAUCAAGAUGGAGUCCUGCAAGUUUUCCACGUGAAGAAAGGAGAAAUAAACAUAAUCUUUAGAACUCUGCCGGAAACGAGGAUCAAUCGGGUCAGCUUGAGUGGCUCGGCAGGAAAUCCUCAGGAUAAAAUAUUUGCGUGUUAUGGCUCAACCGUGAAAGGGUUCAACAAGAAGGGGAAACAAUUUUUGGGAUUUGGAACCAAUCUUGCCGAAGACAUCCAACAUAUGUGUGUGAGGGGCAGUGAUUUACUGGUGUGUUCUCACUACGUUUACAAUCAUUAUCGAGAUUGUGUGGAAACAGGCUAUUACCUCUGCGGAGAUGAAAUCAGAGAUAUUAUUUGCCUCCCUCCAAACAAGAUAACUGGCCUGACGACAAUUAUAGCGUGCGGCGACCGUUGCCUGCGAGUGAUCAAGGGCAGCAAAAUGGCCUUCGAAGUGACCCUGGAAAGCGUGCCGACGUGUCUGGAACUCGCUGACGGCGACGGCGGCGUGUCCGGUGACUCGGUCAUGUUCGGUACGGAAGACGGACACGUUGGAAUGGUGAAACUCGGCACGACGUCCGCCACGAUCGAGUGGAUCAUGACGGAGGACUACAAUACCGGGAUUGUGCGAUCCGGCGCCGUUUCUUGCAUGGCCCACCACGACAUUACCGGGGACGGAUACAAGGACCUCAUUGUGGGGAGGGAAGACGGCAGUGUGGACUUGUACUCGUACCAGGACGCGGAGACGUUGUUGCAUCGCUUUAAUUAUGCAGGGAGCGAAUCAGUCACCACCGUGGCUGGAGGAAUUGUGGGCCAUGAAGGAUACCAAGAGAUUCUCGUUAGUACGUUUUCUGGUUGGAUUUUUGGUCUGACGAGGGGCCGAGGAAAGGCCGUCAUUGGAUUAGAACCCGAAGCUUUAGGUAUCCUGGGUGGUAAAGAUAGGAUCCAGAAGCUGAGAGUGCUUUUGGAGUUUCUGAUCUUGGAUUUUGCGGCUGAGGGAAUGAUUUUUGGUCUUACCAAUUGUCCUGAACACCUUGUGCUUGGGGUCACAUCUGGGGGCACGGUUGCUGUGCGACUGCAUGAAAAAAUCCAUUUGCUGAAAAAUGAAAUUGAAGAGCUUCAAGAAAUGGUGGCUGUUGAGCGGAAGAACUAUCACUCUCAAACGCAGGGAUCAGAAGGAGUUUUAUCCGCUGUCCCGACGUUUUUCGUGAAGGAUCAGAUGAUUCUGAACAGAGAGGAAGCUUCAUACGUGGUCAGCCUGGAAGUUCAAACCCCGAUCGACAUCAUUCUUCUGCAAAGCGACAUUCCGGUGGACCUUCUGGAUUUUGAGAAAAACUCUGCGGUUGUUUCCUUCUCCAAAUGCGACCCGGAUCCGGCGGAUGCAUCGGCUACCGAGAAGGAAAGACUUUCCGGAAUCAGGAACCACUUGCUCGCAACUUACCGGUGCCAGGCCAAUACCACUCGCCUGGAGGUGAAAAUCAGAACGAUCGAGGGCCAGUAUGGCACUCUACAGGCUUACAUUAUCCCGCGAGUUCAGCCGAAAAGUUGCGUCGUGAGGGCCUUUCCGAUCAAGCCGCUGUCACUGCACACCAGGACCAAGGAGUUUGACAACAACAGACCCUUCAGUGUAUUGAUCCUGAAGGGAAACUUCAGUUUUGCCGAAGUGCACUCGUGGGUGUUUUCCUGCUUACCUGAGAUCCCCGAAAGGCCUCCAGCUGAGGAUUCUGCAACCUGGUAUUUUGCAUCUACAUUCCUGGACACUAUCCUGGAGUGUGAAUACAAACGAGGAGAAGCACAAUUCAGAUCUGACAACGUCUCCACCGUUUCUAUUUUAAAGGAGUUUUUGACGAAAGAAGCGACCAGAAAUAUGAUCCGAUUGGAGCUAUCUUGUGAUGUUUCCAAAGAAAGUGUUAUACACGCAUUGAGUCUCAUGAGCCCGAAGUUGCAAGCUCACUUGAAGUUGUCCAAGCAAGUUCAGCUGAUUGACGGGCUGAAAGAAAUUGAACUUCACGAAAGCGACAUUUCUUUCCUGGAUUCCGAGUAUCAAGAAAUAUUGAAGAACGCUGACCAGUUGAAGGCACAGUACAACAAGCAGCCGUGUUACUUGGACAGAUUAUACGGAAUGAUCACGGAUUUGUACAUUGACCAGUACAAGUUUCAGGGGGUGAACGUAAAAUCAAGAGUUCCUCUUCUGUUGGAUCUAUUGGACAACAAUUACAGUCUGGAUUCCCUGACUGAAUUUUUUCAAGCUGAUUUCUAAGUUCGGAAUCGUGAGUUUUCAAAAAGCACUCGUAAUUAAGUGUUUGAAUUGGGGCAUUCCAGCGUUUCUGGUACUUGGUGGAACUUAUGUGAUCUUUUCAGCGCAGAUCUCAGCCUAUUUGUAGUUUUUGUGAUCACUUGUGAGACACUUCGUGAGCAAAGCUUUACUUGAAAGAAAGUUAAUUAUUGUCCUAAGAGAAUUUUUUGUGUUCAUCGCGCUUCUAUCUCAAUUUUAUGACGAAUGGAAUUAUCUCAUCACUCUUGGGCUGUAUUUCUAAAUUUUAUCAUUUCAGGAGAUGUGAAAUCUCCGAAUUUAAUGGCACAACAAAAUAUAAAAUUGCGACUGGCCUAAUUUUAAAGUUGUGUCGUGACAUACGUCCAUGAAUGACAUUGCCGUCCUUUUUGAUUGUGUCGAAAACAUUUUUAUGCAUUUGAUAAGCUUUGAACAUAUUCAAUAGCAUGCACUUUAACGUCUGAUCGAAUUAUGUUUUUGCGUGAGUGUAUCUGCUGUUCUAACACUGUGAUGAAAAAAUAUACGUACAUCUUUCUCUAGUCAGCACAGAAAAAA